AUGCUGACCCGUGGCAACACCGCACCGAUGUUCUUCCGGAUACUAUCCAAGUUUCCGCAAAGCUUUUCCUUCUGCUUUGCUUAUGGCUCCGGCGUAAAGCAGCAGCUCGGAUACGAAUCUAUUCGCUCUAAGCGCAACAUGAUUGACCUCAUCUACGUCGUGGACAAUGCACACCGGUGGCACACGGCUAACCUCGAUCAAAACUUCGAGCACUAUUCCAACAUGCGGUUACUGGGCGGAGGACUGAUCGCCCGGUACCAGGAAACGCUUGGGGCACGCGUUUACUUCAACACGCUCGUGCAAAUACCCGACGAAGAUGUCAUCAUUAAGUACGGGGUCGUUUCCACUAAGGAUUUGCUGGAGGAUCUAACAGACUGGCGAUGCAUUUAUCUAGCCGGACGGCUUCACAAACCGGUGGAAAUCAUACGGAACGCUUCCAGUUCGAAAAUACAGAACGCGGUCGAGCAAAAUCUUCGCUCAGCGGUACACGCAGCUCUAUUGCUACUUCCGGAGAAGUUUACCGAGUUCGAGCUGUACCGCGCAAUAUCAAACCUUAGCUAUAGUGGGGACUUUCGAAUGAUAUUUGGCGAAAACAAGGAUAAAGUCAACAAUAUCGUGCGUCCGCAGCUGGAAAACUUUCGCAACCUAUACUCAGCCACGUUCGCGGAUUUCCAUCACUGCCUAGAGCUACCGAUCAGCGGCAGUGAUAACCAAAUUUGUACGCAGGAUCUCUCCGAGACAACGAUUCUGGCCCAUCUGAAUGGGCUUCCCAAGUGGCCAAUACGUUUGAUUGUGGAACGUCAAACAAGCGGACGGUACCGGCAAGACACGGAGGACAUUUUAAUAGGUGUUUCGCGUUCCACAAACUACCAGUCCAUUGUAGCUUCCUGUCUGCGAUCAAUAGUAUGGUCGAGCAGUGUUUGGCAAUCGAUAAAAAAUAUUCCCACCGCUGGUCUGGGCAAAUCGAUGCGCUACAGCUGGGCAAAAGCGUUGAAAACAUUUAGCUAA